UACUCGAAAAUGGCAUUAUAACCAUUACCUAUUAUAUUAUGCUGAUGCAGUUGUUCCGUAAGGAUCAUUAGUGUUAGUUAAUAAAAUACUUUUACUUUCGUAGUUGUGUUACACUCGGGAAUUUAUCUACUGGUCGAAAAAUUUUUACUAACCCUCUUCGAAUAUGGAUAGUAUCUGCGACUGGUAUGAAGGUCAACAUAUAUUCAUCACUGGUGCCACUGGAUUUAUGGGAAAAAUUUUAGUAGAAAAAAUUUUGAGGUCUUGUUCGAAAGUAGCGGCAAUAUACAUACUCGUUAGGCCUAAAAAAGGGAAAGAAUCCUGGCAACGGAUUGACGAGUUUCUGAAUUCUCCGGUCUUUCAUAAACUCCGAAAUUCUCCAAACAGUGAAGAGGUAUUCAAAAAGCUGAAAUGUAUAAGUGGUGAUGUGACACAAGUCAACUGUGGACUUUCGCCAGAAGACCAGACCAAGUUGAACAAUUCAGUAACUAUUGUCUUCCACAUGGCUGCCAAUGUUAGAUUCGACCAACCAGUGAAGAGUGCAAUUCUUCUGAAUACGGGUGGUACACUGAAUGUUCUCGAAAUGGCUUGCAAUUUCCAUGCACUUAAGAUUUUUGUACAUGUUUCUACAUCAUAUUGCCACUGUGAUGUAACACGAUUAGAGGAGAGGUUAUAUUGUGCUCCACAAGAUCCCAGAAAAAUGUUGGACCUGGCAAAGUGGAUGAGUGAUGAAUUGUUAGAAGCUUUGACUCCAGUUUUACUGAAAAACCAUCCAAAUACUUAUUCGUAUACGAAGUCUCUCACGGAACAGUUAGUAUCUGAAUACAAUAAUAGGCUGCCUAUAGUUAUUACAAGACCGUCGAUAGUGGUGGCAGCUUAUAGAGACCCAAUUCCCGGAUGGGUGGAUAAUAUGAAUGGACCUACAGGAAUACUGAUUGGAGCAGGAAAAGGUGUUAUCCGAACAAUGCACUGUGAUUUAAAACUGAGUGCUGACGUAGUUCCAGUGGACAUGGUGAUCAAUAGUUUACUAGUUAUUGCGUGGAAAGUUGGUAGUGGGCCUAGAACAGACCAAGCGGAAGUUUAUCACAUAACCGCCAAUAAGAAUGAUCCUGUAAGUUGGGGAUAUGCUUUGGAACUAGGCAAGAAAUACGUUUAUAAAUAUCCAUUCAGUGUGUGCUUAUGGUACCCAGGAGGUAGUGCAAAAUCAACAUAUUUUAUGCAUGCUAUUGCUGCAUUUUUCUUCCACUGGAUUCCUGCUUAUUCCGUAGACCUGAUCAUUGCACUAACUGGAAAUAAACCAUUCUUGGUAAAAACACAAAAACGCAUUCAAAAUGGACUGAAGGUUUUACAGUACUAUGCAACUAGGCCUUGGUUUUUUCACAAUGAAAAAUUUACUCAGCUUUUUGACAGCUUAUCCAGUACUGAUAAAGAAAUAUUUUAUUCCAACAGAGAGUCUUUGAACUUUGAAGAAUAUAUGCAAAACUAUAUACUGGGUGCUAGGAAAUAUUGUGCACGUGAAGAAAUAGAUACACUGCCACACGCAAGGAAAGUUUUGAAAAGGUUAUAUUAUUUAGAUGUAUUGAAGAAUAUCUUUAUUGUAAUACUUUUAUUAUGGUUAGGAUACAAGUUGGUAUGCAGCUUUAUGAGGAUUGUGGAAUCUUAGGUGUAAUUAAUUGUUGAAUAAAAGCAAUUGAAACAUUUU